CUAUUAUAGCUUGAACCGACGCUACUCCACUUCAGUAGUAACCCAAACAUGGCGUCAAGUGUCUUCAGGACCGGGCUGUUUAACAAUAAAGUUGCGAUCGUUACAGGCGGAGGGACCGGCAUCGGUAAAGCAAUCACAGCGGAACUACUCCAGCUUGGCUGUAAUGUGGUCAUCUCUAGUAGAAAAUUGGAGCGGUUGGAGGCAGCAGCCGAAGAACUGAAGAAAAGCAUCCCGACACAGAGUCCUGCUUCGGUCACUGCCGUACCAUGCAACAUCCGCAACGAGGAUGAGGUAAAGUCUCUGGUGUCGGCUGUACUGAAGCAGCAUGGAAGGAUAGACUAUCUUGUUAACAACGGAGGAGGGCAGUUUAGCAGCCCUGUAGAGACCAUGUCCGCCAAGGGAUGGAAGGCCGUUAUAGACACCAACCUGACCGGGACCUUCCAUUGCUGUAAAGAAGUUUACAUGGCCUGGAUGAAAGACAAUGGAGGGGUCAUCGUCAACAUCAUCGCCGACAUGUGGAAGGGCUUCCCUGGAAUGGCUCACACAGGGGCGGCGCGGGCGGCGGUGGACAACCUCACGAAGAGCCUGGCCAUCGAGUGGGCGCACUCUGGGGUCAGGGUGAACGCUGUGGCGCCUGGGACAAUUUUUUCCAAGACUGCGAUGGAGAACUACAAGGACUAUGGACCAAGUCUUUUUAAGAUGUCUGUCCCCUUCAUCCCUGCAAAGCGGCUCGGAGUACCAGAAGAAAUCUCCCCGGCCGUGUGCUUCCUUCUCUCCCCCGCCGCCUCCUUCAUCUCUGGGGACACUCUGAGAGUGGACGCGGGCCAAAGCCUGUACCGCUCCAUGUGGGAGAUACCUGAUCACAGUGCAUGGCCCGACGCUCCAGAGGGGGAGAACUGGGAGGCUCUCUGCAACCUGCUAAAGCCUUCUAAAAGCAAACUCUAACUCAAUGACCCCUCAUUCCAUGGGCCCUCAUUUGGUGGAUAAUCACCAUACCAGUUGGUGCAGUGCACUGGGUAGGCUUGUAUGUUUAUCUUCCGCAACAUACGUCUGGGUGGACACUUCCACUUGUGAUGUCCCUAUGGGUACCGAUCAACAUUGUGGUAAAAGAUUUUAUUAAUAAAACUUGAAAUCAGCAGAGCAGAACGGAAGAAGACUAACAUGGUGGACCUGAAGGGAGAGAUGGCAACUCACAUGAACAAUUGUAAUAUAUUUAAUUUAUAUGGUUUGUAUGUAAUGUAGACUAUGAUCAAUGAUUACAAUUCAAUAAAAGUUUGAAAAUA